GAGGAUGAAGACGAGAGUCGGAUAAAUACAAUCAUUUUCAUUCUCAUGCUGUCAAAUUUUGUGUUGGUGGGUGGGAGCUCUGUGUCGGCACUGUAAACCGCAUUAUUAGCCAGGAAGGAAGGAGGAGGAAGACGGUGCGGCGAAUUCCCCGUUUCUGAUGAUUUUCCUGCGAUUCCGAUGGGAAGAAUGCCACUGGUGUCAACGGCUCGCGGUUCCGCUUACCUAAGCGCACUCGCUGUCGAGAUUGAGAAGAAGCUUCAGCGUGCGUUGGCUUCGGCGUCGCAGCGGAGGAAUUUGUUGCAGGAGUUGUUUGCCGAUGUGGCCUUGGAAAUAGAUGAUCGCGCGAGAGAAAUUAUUCUUGGCGAAGAAGGUGCAAUUUCGGUGGAAGAUGAUGGCUAUGGGGGCCCCAUAUGCUUUUACGAUGUGCUUGCUAACCAUUUUGUCAGCGUACCCCAAGAUGGCCAAUCAAUACUUAAUCUGAUUGUACAACUUUGGAGCCAGUCAUUUGCAUCUAAUAUAUUUGCUCUCUUGUUCCACAAAUGGCUGUUUGAGGUUCAACUUGAUAAUCCUGAGGUCUUACUUCGUUACUCAUCUGCUCUUGUCCAAGGUGCUACAAAUGUUUUCUGGAUUGACAUCCAAUCAAAUGCAAGGCGAUUCCAAAGUCUAUUUCAGUAUCUCCUGGAAGAGGUUGCUUUAUAUCCUGAGAGAUUGAAGAAGAUCCCUUUACAGGCUCAGCGCGACCUGUUCCUUCUUCUAUCAAGAUUCAUUUUUUUCUACAACUUAGUUGACAAGCUUGAAAGUUUUUUGAAGCAGUUUCCUGAUUUCCCAAAUGCGUUCUUGAUUGGGGGUGCCUCAGACAUACUUGUAACUGAACUAGCUGAUCAGCUUCAAAAAUUGAAGGUGGAGCCUGUACUUCUACAUUACCUUUCUCAGAUAAAGGUUCUUCAAGGUCUGGAGCUUAGAAUGACAACUAGUACAAGGCUGAAAACCUGUUUGUAUAGCUUCACUUCUCCAGGUGGUCCAAUGUAUCCAACAAGAGCAGUUCGUCAUGCAGCAUGGGAUGCCUUGGAUUAUCUUUUCCCUGUUGGGACAUACCCGCGGCAUGUAAUAAGUCUCUUUUUCCGGUUGCUGUAUCCAUGGUACUGGCCGUCUUCUUGUUGGAAUUUCGUAGUUGCGUGCAUACAAGCUGUCUUAUAUUCGGUGCUGCGGGUAAUAUUUUCUGGUUGGGAAAAUCUCACAAGAUCGAAACAACCAUAACUUUACUUUUUAAGCUCUGUGCUUUGUUGGCUUGGCUUUUUCAGUUAGGAAACUAUUGAAAUUUGUCUAUGUUGUUUGGGUGAGUCAUUGAAUUUGUUGUUGUAUUCUGUACUAUUUGUUAGGGUUAUUCUAAACCAAAACAAGAACAUAUACAUAUAAACAUAUUCAUGUAAAAGUUUUCUUACACUAUAUUUACUUUGUUAUUUUAUUAUUAUUAUUAUUAUUAUUAUUA